GAAACUGUACGACAAGAACUUGCUUUUGGUGAUGGUGAUUUGAAGAAAUCGGUGAAAUUCACAGCAAAGAGAAAAGACAAUGAGGAAGUUGUUUUGUUGAAUGGUGCUAGCGAUAUAUCAUUGGCAGUAACGAGGGACAAGAUAGCUGCGUCUGUAGUGGCAAGCAACUAUCCGAUGUAUGUUGUUGCUGAUUUCGCUAACAAUGCCGCUGUGCCAAUUGUUGUCAACUGGCUUGAGAAUGGUGUCAAAAAGUCGAAAGAGGUAGCUGUUGAAGAAACUGUACGACAAGAACUUGCUUUUGAAGAUGGUGAUUUGAAGAAAACGGUGAAAUUCACAGCAAAGAGAAAAGACAAUGAUGAAGUUGUUUUGUUGAAUGGUGCUAGCGAUGUAUCAUUGGCAGUAACGAGGGACAAGAUAGCUGCGUCUGUAGUGGCAAGCAACUAUCCGAUGUAUGUUGUUGCUGAUUUCGUUAACAAUGCUGCUGUGCCAAUUGUUGUCGACUGGAUUGAGAAUGGUGUCGCAAAGUCGAAAGAGGUAGCUUUUGGAGAAACUGUACGACAAGAACUUGCUUUUGGAGAUGGUGAUUUGAAGAAAUCGGUGAAAUUCACAGCAAAGAGAAAAGACAAUGAUGAAGUUGUUUUGUUGAAUGGUGCUAGCGAUGUAUCAUUGGCAGUAACGAGGGACAAGAUAGCUGAGUCUGUAGUGGCAAGCAACUAUCCGAUGUAUGUUGUCGCUGAUUUCACAAACAAUGCCGCUGUGCCUAUUGUUGUCAACUGGCUUGAAAAUGGUGUGAAGAAGUCGAAAGAGGUAGCUGUUGGAGAAACUGUACGACAAGAACUUGCUUUUGGUGAUGGUGAUUUGAAGAAGACGGUGAAAUUCACAGCAAAGAGAAAAGACAAUGAUGAAGUUGUUUUGUUGAAUGGUGCUAGCGAUGUAUCAUUGGCAGUAACGAGGGACAAGAUAGCUGCGUCUGUAUUGGCAAGCAACUAUCCGAUGUAUGUUGUUGCUGAUUUCGUUAACAAUGCCGCUGUACCAAUUGUUGUCAACUGGCUUGAGAAUGGUAUCACAAAGUCGAAAGAGGUAGCUGUUGGAGAAAUUGUACGACAAGAACUUUCUUUUGAAGAUGGUGAUUUGAAGAAAACGGUGAAAUUCACAGCAAAGAGAAAAGACAAUGAUGAAGUUGUUUUGUUGAAUGGUGCUAGCGAUGUAUCAUUGGCAGUAACGAGGGACAAGAUAGCUGCGUCUGUAGUGGCAAGCAACUAUCCGAUGUAUGUUGUUGCUGAUUUCGUUAACAAUGCUGCUGUGCCAAUUGUUGUCGACUGGAUUGAGAAUGGUGUCGCAAAGUCGAAAGAGGUAGCUGUUGGAGAAACUGUACGACAAGAACUUUCUUUUGGUGAUGGUGAUUUGAAGAGAACGGUGAAAUUCACAGCAAAGAGAAAAGACAAUAAUGAAGUUGUUUUGUUGAAUGGUGCUAGCGAUGUAUCAUUGGCAGUAACGAGGGACAAGAUAGCUGCGUCUGUAGUGGCAAGCAACUAUCCGAUGUAUGUUGUUGCUGAUUUCGUUAACAAUGCCGCUGUACCAAUUGUUGUCAACUGGCUUGAGAAUGGUAUCACAAAGUCGAAAGAGGUAGCUGUUGGAGAAACUGUACGACAAGAACUUUCUUUUGGUGAUGGUGAUUUGAAGAGAACGGUGAAAUUCACAGCAAAGAGAAAAGACAAUAAUGAAGUUGUUUUGUUGAAUGGUGGUAGCGAUGUAUCAUUGGCAGUAACUAGGGACAAGAUAGCUGCGUCUGUAGUGGCAAGCAACUAUCCGAUGUAUGUUGUCGCUGAUUUCACAAACAAUGCCGCUGUGCCUAUUGUUGUCAACUGGCUUGAGAAUGGUGUCACAAAGUCGAAAGAGGUAGCUGUUGGAGAAACUGUACGACAAGAACUUGCUUUUGGAGAUGGUGAUUUGAGGAAAUCGGUGAAAUUCACAGCAAAGAGAAAAGACAAUGAUGAAGUUGUUUUGUUGAAUGGUGCUAGCGAUGUAUCAUUGGCAGUAACGAGGGACAAGAUAGCUGCGUCUGUAGUGGCAAGCAACUAUCCGAUGUAUGUUGUUGCUGAUUUCGUUAACAAUGCCGCUGUGCCAAUUGUUGUCAACUGGCUUGAGAAUGGUGUCACAAAGUCGAAAGAGGUAGCUGUUGGAGAAACUGUACGACAAGAACUUGCUUUUGGUGAUGGUGAUUUGAAGAAGACGGUGAAAUUCACAGCAAAGAGAAAAGACAAUGAUGAAGUUGUUUUGUUGAAUGGUUCUAGCGAUGUAUCAUUGGCAGUAACGAGGGACAAGAUAGCUGCGUCUGUAGUGGCAAGCAACUAUCCGAUGUAUGUUGUUGCUGAUUUCGUUAACAAUGCCGCUGUACCAAUUGUUGUCAACUGGCUUGAGAAUGGUGUCGCAAAGUCGAAAGAGGUAGCUGUUGGAGAAACUGUACGACAAGAACUUGCUUUUGGAGAUGGUGAUUUGAAGAAAUCGGUGAAAUUCACAGCAAAGAGAAAAGACAAUGAUGAAGUUGUUUUGUUGAAUGGUGCUAGCGAUGUAUCAUUGGCAGUAACGAGGGACAAGAUAGCUGCGUCUGUAGUGGCAAGCAACUAUCCGAUGUAUGUUGUUGCUGAUUUCGUUAACAAUGCCGCUGUACCAAUUGUUGUCAACUGGCUUGAGAAUGGUGUGAAGAAGUCGAAAGAGGUAGCUGUUGGAGAAACUGUACGACAAGAACUUGCUUUUGGUGAUGGUGAUUUGAAGAAAUCGGUAAAAUUCACAGCAAAGAGAAAAGACAAUGAUGAAGUUGUUUUGUUGAAUGGUGCUAGCGAUGUAUCAUUGGCAGUAACGAGGGACAAGAUAGCUGCGUUUGUAGUGGCAGGCAAAUAUAGGAUGUAUGUUGUUGCUGAUUUCGUUAACAAUGCUGCUGUGCCAAUUGUUGUCAAUUGGCUUGAGAAUGGUGUCACAAAGUCGAAGGAUAUAGCUGUUGGAGAAACUGUACGACAAGAACUUGCUUUUGAAGAUAGUGAUUUGAAGAAAACUGUGAAAUUCACAGCAAAGAGAAAAGACAAUGAUGAAGUUGUUUUGUUGAAUGGUGCUAGCGAUGUAUCAUUGGCAGUAACGAGGGACAAGAAAGCUGCGUCUGUAGUGGCAAGCAACUAUCCGAUGUACGUUGUUGCUGAUUUCGUUAACAAUGCCGCUGUGCCAAUUGUUGUCAACUGGCUUGAGAACAGUGUCGAAAAGCAGUUGAAGUUAGAUUCUGGACAGCAGUCUUUAGUUGAAGCUGUUUCUAUCGAUGGGAUAGCGCAGAAAACAUUGAAGUUUUUUGUUAAGCCUUUCGCUUUUGGUGAUGUAGUUUUUUUAAACGGUUCAAGUGACAUUAUUCUUCCUUAUGAGCGGUUAGGAAAUAAAGUUUUGGUAGAAGUGACAAAUCUCCCGCUUUUUAUAGUUGCCGAUUUUGCCAACAAUGCAGAUGAUGAAGUUGGGAUCCUUUGGGCUGAAAAUGGUGUGGCUAAGAGGUUGAUUGUUCCUGGAAAGAGCUCUUCUCAUUUAGAAAUCGUUUUUGAUAGUUUUGUUGCCAGCUCUCCUGUGCAGUUUACUGGUAUCAGUAUGCGAUCGGAAGAACCGGUAUAUCUGAAUGGUAUUUCGUCCGUCACCCUGAGUCCGGCUUUCUCAAAGUCUUUAAAGGAAGUUAUUAUCACUAACAUUCCCAAGACUUUGAACUUGAAAAUAGUAAACAAUGCCUCUGGUCCAGUUAUGUUUUUAUGGGCUUUUGAGGGCACACCUGUGGCGGUCAAACUGAAUCGAAAUGGAGUCGAACAAAGAAGUUUAGUAUUUGACGGGUCUGAAUCGCAAAACUCUAUCGAAAUUGCUGCAAAAAGAGCCGAUUUUGACUUUUAUGUAGAUGUUAAUCGUCAAGAAAAACUCGUGUUGACUCCAAAGAAAGAAGGUAACAACGUCACUGUCAUUGCCACUGACCGUUAUAUAAUUUUGCCAUGGUUUUCUAAGCCGUUGCAAGGAUCUGAAACCCUAAAAUAUUUGAUUGUUGAGCUAUUCACUAAGGUUAAUGGACCAUUCCGUCUCUUAUUAUCUCAUGCUGGACAAGAUAAGACCGUUAACAUUGGAAUUGGUGAUCAGAAAAAACUUGCUUAUAUUUUUCAAGGGCCUGAUUCAGAUAAACCAGUUUUUUUCACUGGCGAGAGAACUGAAUUGGACUUUCCAGUUAAACUGAACUAUAAAGACAUAAUUCAAUUGACACCCACAGAACUGAAAACCGUUAACGAAGUCAUUGUUUCUGAUGAACGGUUGAUAUACGCAUGGUCACUUGAUGCUCCAGCUCCAUUGGCAUCAGAUGAAGCCUACAGAGAUCCUGUUUUCAAAUACAUUAUGAUUGACGUCGUCAAUGAGGCUUCAGGUCCAGUGGCAGUUCUCGUGCAAGAAGGUGCCUUUAAAAAGACAGUUGAUGUAACCAAAGGUAAAUCUACACAGCUAACAUUCGUGUUAAAAAAUGCCGGCUCAGCAGGUGCUUUGAAGCUUACUGGAAAAAGAACAGACGCUGAUUCUCUUGUUUCGUUAAAUGGUAGGUUGGAAUGGGUAUAUAUACCUCGAAAAGAGAAGGUAAUUGAGCGCCUUGUUGUUAGGGAUCCAGAGAGGUAUAUAACAAUUGAUUUCGUCAACAACGCAAAUGGUCCGAUUUCUGUAAGAUUUCAGUUUAAAGGGAAAGCAACCUCAUUUCAAAUGGGAUACAGAGAGUCUCGAAUAGAGCAGCUUACUUUCAGUAGCAAUGAUGACACAAAGGAGGUUGUCUUUAAAGCAACUAGAAGCGAUAUAGGAACACCUGUGCAGCUGAAUAAGCUUGAGAGUGUUUCAUUCACACCCGAAGCACGUAGGCAUUCAAAAAGAGUAGAUGCAACAGACGCGCAAAGGUUCUUCGUUGUCGAGCUGGUAAAUAAUGCAAAUGGGCCAGUGAUCUUUUCAUGGAUGCAAGAUGAGAAGGAAGUCUCUUACAAAGUAGCUGUUGGUAAAACGCGCCAGGAGACUGCUGUUGUUUCACUGUUGCCAGUGAAUGAUCGUCUUCAGGUCAAAGGGAAGAGGGAAGACAUUGGUUCUUUUGUGACUGUAAAUGAUGCUAUGUAUUUCGAGGCUAUCCCGUCAUAUGAGAAAACGGUCAACAGAAUCAUUGCUAGAGAUGCGGCUUCUGGCCUAAAACUCGGUUUCCUUGAUGUUACAUUUAGAAAUGACGCUCCAGGCCCUAUUGAAAUAUCUUGGAAUGAGGGAGGCGUUGCGAAAACAGCAAAAAUUGGAAGGAGGCAAGCUUUUCGACGGCCGUUUUACAAAGAAGGAGACCAAGCAAAAGUUCCUAUAACGUUUUUGUCAAAAUUUAUUGAUCUUCCUGGCCUUGUUUUUCUCAAUAAUUUGGCGUCUGUAUCAUUAACUCCAUCCCAGGACAGUUCUAAAAAAAGCUAUAUUGUGGCAACGUCACCUCAUAUCGAUCUAUUUUUCACCAAUAGAGCCUCCGAUAGGGCUACUAUUGGAUGGCGAGAUUUGGAAGGACGCAAAGAAUAUCCUAUUAGACAGGCAGCUACCGCCCAUCAGCUUGUCUUUUUUGAUAAAUUUGGAGGAGCGAUCGAAUUGACUGGCAAUGUCUCCGCGGCUUCUGCAAAGAAUGUUGCGCUAUUGAAUGGAGAAAGUGUUUUGAGGAUUGUCCACAACCCAAACGUUGUUUCGCAAGAUGUGGAGAUUACAGUCGGACCAAGCUAUAAUUACUUUGGUGUGGACGUUAGAAACAAGAUGGAGCGAGAUAUCGUAGUGCUUUGCCGUUAUAAUGGAAAUAUAAUUAUGGUGCCAGUAGGAGCUAAGUCUGCAGCUAAGUCGCUUCUAGAGUUCAAGCAGAAGACUGAAAUUGUGGCAAUUGGCAACGCGGUUGACAAUUUUGCAACUGUUUUCCUGAAUAACGAAAGGGCGAUUACUUACGAGUCAACGAUAACAAGGAAUUAUCACGAUAUUGUGAUAACUAAAGAUAAGGUUUACGAGCUUCAAGUCGUUUUAAUAAAUCAUCUAAAUUUCGACUGCUUAUUGAAAAUGGAUUUUAACAGCAAAAAGAUGGAUAUGGUUGUGUCUAGCCGUGCUAGACUAACAAAAACUUUCCAGUACACCAUUCCUGACACACCAGUAAUAUUUUGGGCGUACAAAAAUCUAGCAGAUCUAACAGUUCUGGUGAAUGGAAGAAAAAGUGUCAUCUACAGUCACACAACGGCAGGAAAAAGAGUGUUUACGGUGGAACUCAACCGAGCAGAAUACUACAUUGGAAUCGAGGGCUAUAAUAACCAGAACGAUGAUGCAAUAAUAACAUGGAAGUCUCUUGGAAAGGAUCAAAGCAUUCGGCUAAGCCCCGGUAAAUCCGAGAAGCGUAUGAUCCCUGUUACAGCGCAAGAUUCUGUGACCCAGGUGUAUUUCUCAGCUUACAGUGUCAUUAGCAACAAGCCGUUACUUAUAAAUGAAAAACUGAGGAUUUCAUUCAGUCCUGCUGCAAGAAAACUUUACCAUUUCGUUAAGAUAGACGCUUACGAUCCAAAUGUAUUAUAUGUUACUGUUGAUGUCCGAAACCGCAUAAGAGAUGUGGCAACGAUCUAUUGGAAGCAGGAUUUCGUCCCCAAGAAGUACUACUGUGCUGCUUUGUCUCGAUGUACUAUUUCAUUCAAGAUGUUUAACCACUCUAAAGCCCCCAUCGACUUUAAAGCAGUUUCAAGGGAAACCGGCCUGAUGCUGCUACUUAAUAAUCAAGUCUCGAUGCCUGUUACGCCGGAGCAUCAUCGGCACAUCGUUCGUAUGACAAUUAAUUACCCUGAACGGGAUACAGAAAAUCGCUAUGUUGUCAUUCAAGCAGCAAGCAUUGACAAGGAAGAGUACACUCUUGAAUACGAGUACAACGAUAAAAAACAUUCACUUCCACUUUCAGCGUUUUCCCAAAAACGCAGAGAGAUUCUCAUGAAGAGGCUUGGAAAGAAAGUCACUACCAUUAAAUUUACAGCUUACUACACCAAAACACGUAAACCUGCGUCAGUUAAUGGGUUAUCCUCGUUUACUCAUCAGGGAACAACUUUCAGAAGUCGAUUACUACUGCUUGUCGGACCACCAGAUAUCGGCCAAACAGCGCUAAUAGCUGCUGAUUGUCCAGUGAAGAAAGUCGACAUUUUGUUUCUCUUGGAUAAUUCUGGCACACUGGAGUACGCAUUUAAGCUUGCCAGAAAGUUUGUUAAGAAAAUCCUGGGCCUAUUCCAACUCGAAUAUGGUGGAACCCGUGCUAGUGUCAUCACAAUCGGCGGGUCAAGGUAUACUAAUUUAGCGAUACGAUUUUCAGACUAUUAUGAAAAUGAUGCAUUCAAUACUGCUAUAGACAACAUAGGCAUCGCUAGCGGAAAAACAAGAAUCGAUUUGGCUCUCAAAAUUGCUGUCAAAGAAGCCUUUUUGGUAAGAAAUGGUGCGCGGCCAAAUGUUCCAAAACUGAUAUUUUUUGUAUCAGAUGGAAGACAAGAACCAAAAGUUAUAAAUGGCAGAUACGUCAAUUUUUUCUCGCUAACACGCCCACUGAGCAGUAUUACACCGAACAUUGUCAGUAUAGCGAUACGUGGAAUACAUCCUGUUGAUAUAGGAGUUCUACAGAUAAUCUCAAAAAACCUGGACAACGUCUAUAGCCCUGGAAAACUUGACAUAAUAUUGUCCGAUAUUUUUGCAAGACAUUCAUUUAACAAAUAUUGCACUGCGAUGCAACCAAGCUUAGGUAUUAAAUGACACUUUUUAUUUAAAUUAAUAACAAUUGUGUAGCAGAAAAGGUUAACAUGCGAGCUAAUUAUUUUAGCAAAGCAACAUAACUGCACUCGUUAAAGUUUGAUGAGUUCCUAGAAGAUCGGCCAUUUUCCAUGUAUGACACUUUCCUGAUCUAUUUUUAAGUAUGACGUUGACGUGAAUCUUCCAUAUGAAUAAAUUUUCUCAAACAUUUGUCAGAAAUAUCGAAAUUCAUCAUUCAUAUUGCAAGUUUUGUAUAGAAAAAUAAGGAGAUGACAUUAUUGAAUACAGUAUCAAACAGCUGUAUCAAUUUUAAUAUUCACCACAAAAAGGGCCUAAGGCUGCGUUCACACUGCAGCGAAAAAGAGAAGCGAACAGAAGCGAACGGAAUAACAUGCUGUGAGCGAAAAAUCGCGAAUCAAACAGUUUUGCAGGGUGAAGUUUGAUGACGCAGUGGCUAAUUUAAAACAAAAAUAAUGACCUCAUCUGAAAGUUGAUUUCUUAAAUAUUCAUUAUUUUCAAAAGGAAGACGAUUUUUGGUUCACGAAACAAAAAGAGGCAAGACCUGAUUUUCAUGAAUAUUUGCUUUUAUCUGGUGAAUAUCAUAAUUUGGUGCCGCAGUUAAGGAAUGACGAGGCUAUUUCAGAUUCAGAACAUAGUCAUCUACGUUUGGUUUGUUAUUGUAAUCGGAAAUAAAUUUAUAUUGGUGGGGGGAUGUCCAUAAUUUUGCUUUCCAUAUAAAGUACAGUUGGCAAUUACUGGGGGCUACCUUCUUCCCCAAAUAUGAAGGCAUGAACUUUCAUACUGGUCUGGAUGAAGACCAGCAUCGCCAGACUAUCCCCAGUUGCUAAUUGGUUGUAUUGCAACGGUAUAAUCAACGUCCAUUGCUGUUAUUCCUUUCCGGGCGCAGCGAUCAAAUACAUGAGAAGUAAUCUUGUCGCUCCGUGUCCCUAUCGCUCUGUCUUGAUGUGAACAGGCGUAUUGUUUUCAGUCAAACUAUUUUAACGCUAAUUCGCCCAUUAGCUUCGCUACGCUAUUUCGCUCUCAGUGUGUACGCAGACUAAUCCUCGUAGCAAAAAUGUUUAGCAAUUUUUCCAAUUACGUAAUGCGAAAAUAUAGGAAACAGGAAUGUUCACCAUUUCUUAAUCUGUAGUUUUAAUAAAUGGUUAAUCUUUUGAGUAAGGUGCGUCUCUCUUGUCUACCGUUUUUGGUAUUUUUGCAACGCUUAGCUCAAAAUAAUUACCUUUUUUAUUAGAGGGGAGUAUUUUUAUAAAUUAAUUAUUUCUCGAAUAUGGUUAUUUUGUUACUGUUUGUUAGUUGUGCUGGGGAGAAACGGGGUUUGCAAUGGAAUAUCAUUUGUGAGA